AGAAAAGAAGGAAGGGGGUCAACAGGAGUGAGAACACUGUAUUGGCGCCAUUUUGGAUUUCGGAUUAUCAGCUUUUACGAGUCGGAACACAAACCUGAUCACAGAUUUAUAAAAUUGUGUUAUUUGUUGGCAUCCUUUAGCUUUGAAAAAUCGUUGGAUUAAUUUCAUCAACAAAUAAUUACGGCAUAUAUUUAAAAGGCAGUGUUUCAAUCAAGGAAGGGUAAAAUGGAACUUUUGUUCGUGAUAUUACUUGUUGUGUGCUUUAGUGCCUCUGAUGCGCAGAACUGCACUUUCACAGACGAUUACUGUGGGUACACCAAUGGCGGGGUAGGACAACUACAGUGGCUUAGGGUAGAGAACCUAAACGACAUAGUUCCUAAUUAUGUGUCCGUCGAGUUUACUGCCCCUGGGCGUACCCAACUGGCGACACUCACCAGCCCCGCCCUGACCAAACAGACUGGUGUCAGCUACCGAUUUAGUUUCGACUACCGAGUCACGGGAGACCACACCCUACACGUUAGGGCCUCGGGAGCUGGUGGAGGGGGUUGGGAGCAUACCGGCGAUACCACCGAUUGGGAGAGUGCGGUGCUGGUGUUGGCACCACCGACUGAUACAUUCAAUAUUCUGAUAUUUGCCAACAUUGGAUCAGGGGCAGCUACAUCACGAGUUCAGAUUUCCAAUCUCAUCGUAAAUUCUGAUGCCAAUAACAACUGCGACCCAUCGCCUUGCCUGAAUGACGGCGAAUGCUUUGAUAUAGGAUCGGCAGUGUGUACGUGCAUCAAUGGCUACAGUGGAGAUACGUGUGAGAUCGCUCCCAUCGCUCCCACUACAGCUCCACCACCAACAACUGCACUUGUUCCCACAACACCAGAGGCAACGACUGCAACCUUGACAACCGAAGGGCCCACAACAUUCGACCCCAUCACCGUGGACCCCACCACAGGCGAGGUCACCACAGGGGAACCCACCACAGAGGAACCCACCACAGUUGACCCCACUACAGACAAUCCUUCCACCUUCAAUCCUGACACAGUUGGUGCUACCACAUCAGCCGCUACCACAGGUGAUCCUACCACAAAUGAUCCUACCACUGAAGAAAUGAUAACGACCGAUGAUCCAACAACGGUCGAAGCAAGCACCCAGGACGCCACCACAGCCCAGUUGACGACAGUGAAUCCAGCAACUGAUGAACAGUCAACAGAAGGUGCAACUACAGUGGAGGCACCGACGGAUACCGUAACAACUGUUGAAGUGACUUCUCAGAUUACUUUCACAGACAGUGGAAUAACGGAAGAGGUAUCUACGGUUCAGAUAACAACGGCAUCUUUCGAAACUGGUCCUACAACGAGCGACCAGGAGACUGGACCAACAACCACAGGGGAAAUGACCAGCGUAGCUUUUCAGACAACAGAGGACGCAACCGAGGCAACGGCAACUACAGAUGAAUCAACAGAUACAGAGCUCCCGGGUACUACUGGAAAUGCAGAGCCGACGGAACUGAUAACAACCGGUGUCACAACCUCAACAACCGAUGACUUAACCGAAGGUCCUGAGACAACAAAACCGCAAGGAACAGACAAAAGUACACAGAGGACCGAAGGGGAAUUAGCGACAACGGGUCCUUCCACAACGUCGUCCGCUGAGCAAGGGGGUGGCAGUGGGCUUACGGAUGCUACCACAGGUCUCAUUAUAGGUCUUAGUCUAACCUUUGCACUCCUUCUCAUUCUUCUCGUUUUUACUCUUGUUUACUUCUGCACCCAUCGCGACCGAUAUGGCGUCUCAGAUGAAACAAUGGAAAACGGGGCUCCUACACCGAUGGCCACCAUGAGGCCUGGGUCAUCACGUAAUGCAGAGGCCUAUGAGAACCCCUAUGUCACCGCUCCUACACCAUCUACAGAAAGAUCAACUCAAACUUCGCUCAGUGCAAUCAAUGUGUAGUAGUACAAGUACCUUACAACGAAGCGUACAUUAUUAUUAGCAUGCAAGUCAUAAUUUAAUAAGUGCUCCAAACGCAUGCACUCGGACACACACUUGCACAUGCCCAUACAUAAGAACGUAAAUAAAACGUUUCACAAAAGACAAACACUUACAUAAUAUACACAUUUACACAUGACGCAUUUCAUGUCAUGCCUGCAGUAUGAAGAAUUAUUUACAUCAUUACGUGGCUGUUAUAAUUUUUUAUUAUCUGAUUAUACUAUAUUUUAUAGGUUUCGCCACCCAUAAAGAUUCUUUUCCUGAGGCCCCCAUCAUGUUCCAGCUGAAGCUUAAGAUGGCGGUCUCCUUCAUUUUUCAAUUUUUAAUUGAUUUGCCAACUGUAUUUUUAGAAAGUUAUAAUUAUCUAAUUGAAUGAUAUUAUGAUAUGAUUAUGUAUGUACUUGUAUUUCAAAUUUAAUUCAUUACAUAUAUCUACCUAGUUUGUAUAUAACAUGUACCGAGUUUUCAUUUUGUUGAAAAAUGCAGAAAUAUAAUGAAACAAACAAAUCUUUUCUAUCAUCCAAGAUAAUCUCUAUAUCAUAUUUUGACUUCUGGGUUUGGAGGACAUUGCAUAAAUCUCGAUGUCGCAUUAAAACCCGCUAUGUAAUGUUGAACGUUGGUGCCUUUUCAAGUAUUUUUUAAUGUUGUGUAAUACCACGAAAUGAAUUGGUAAUUGUCAAUAUUACACAUAAAUGGUACCACCUAGCCGAUUUUGGUAGAAAAUGUAUAAUAGCUUAGAUGAAAUAUAUAUCAAUCGAACCAGUUUUUCAGUGAAUAUGAUUUCCAGCGAGUUUCGUUUUCUUCUUAAAGGUAAUACAAAGUUUUGGUAUGGGGUCAUGAAUUUGGUUCAA